AUGAAAAUAAAAGCAGGAUUUUGUAUUGGUUACAUAGGUACAGGAUAUUCUGGAUUACAACUCAAUGGAGAUUAUAAUACUAUAGAAAAGGCCAUAUCAGAAUGUCUGUUUUCUUGUUCAGCAAUAAGUUCUCAAAAUGCUAAAGAUCCUUCUAAAAUACAUCUAAAAUCUUCAUCUAGAACUGAUAAAGGUGUUCACGCCGCAUUUAAUCUUAUUAGCUGUAAAAUUGAGUGUCAAAUAACAGACGUUUUUUUUCAAAAACUUAAGGAAUGUUUAUUUUCUAAAAAUAUUUAUCUUUAUAAAAUUUUGCGCCUAACAAAAUCAUUCAUUCCUACUAAUCUUACCAUUUCAAGAACGUACGAAUAUAUUCUUCCAACUUAUUUCUUAGCUAAAAGCAAUUUUAGUGCCGAAUGUUCUGAUCUUAUAGCAAAAGAUUUAAACCGCGAUAAGAUGACAAAAAGAGAAUAUAAUGAAAAGGAUAUUGAACAGAUUUUUGGAUAUCUCGCUGAUAAGGAUGAUAUUAAAUACUUUUGUGAUAUCUUUACAAAAUUUCUUGGAACCAAAAAUUUUCAUAAUUUCACAACAUUGAGUAAUCAUAAGGGUAAGCAGAGAUAUAUUAAAAAUAUUGAAUUCUCUAAUGCUUAUGUGAUUGAUGACAUUGAAUAUAUAAAAAUUACAAUUGAGGGACAGAGUUUUCUAUUACAUCAAAUUAGGAAGAUGAUUUAUUUUUCUGUACUACUUUGUAGAUACAAAAGGAAUGAAUUUUCAACCAUUUUUGAAAAAGUCUUUUCUGAUGAAUAUUUACAUGUUCCAAAAGGACCAAGUCAAUAUUUAUUACUUGAUUCUCCUAAAUUUUUACCUCUCAAAGACAAGGGAAAAAUGAAUGAUACUCUUGAAAUUAACCUUGAUGAAAAAAAUGAGUAUAAAGUGAAUGUUAUAUACAAAUGUAUACAUGAUAAACAAAAUUUAAAAUAUUUUUUAGCCUGUUUAGAUUCCUCUAGAUUUUACAAUGAUGAAUUAAACUAUCUUUUUUGA